AUGAAGUUAUUAUCCUUGACAACGGUGAUCGCGUCUGUAUUGACUGGCGUUCUCGCUCGCUCCUCUGUACAUUUGGUUUCAUCCAACAACGAGAAUACGCUUAGCUCAACAGCACCUGAAGUCUCAAUGAACUCUUUCUCCAUGUUCUAUUCUCAUAUGAUGGAUACUUCCUCUAAGCAUACUGCUUUACGUAUGCAAAAUGAAAAUAAUGUGGAUUCUUUCAAAGAUGUUCAAGAGCUCGCCUCUCUUUUGCCUGCAUCCUCCAGCUUGUUUGAAAAGAAGGUUGAUGGCAGCAUGAUUGUCAUUGUCUCUGGUGCUAAGCCAGAUAUGCUUGAUACAUCCUUUUAUGUUUCUGAUGAUGAACCUGACAACUAUGCUUCCUUGGUCGAAUCAAGUGUUGAUGAAGCGAUCAAGAACAACGACGACCUUGCUGUUGUCACAUACAAGGAUCAAGAGGCCACCAUCAAGAUGGGCGCCAAUGUCAUUGAAAAGAUUACCCAGGAUGAGCACAUGUACGAGGAAUUCAAGAUGGACUUUUCUGACUACAAUACCGAUCUGUUCAGCAUGGAGAACGAGGCUGCCAGCAAAUUCAUCGCUGAAGUGCAGGUUGUAAAGGAUGCAUCUCAAUACAGCAACCCAGAGGAAAUCCGUCUCAUUGAAAUGGACACCUUGAACUUGAUCGGUCAAGAAUACGGUUUUGAAUCAAGCGAAUACAAGGAAGCUCAACUCAUCGUCAUGGAUCUUUUUGAAAAGUUCGUUAUACCAAAUUUCCAUGGAUUGCAUGCUCGUGGUGUCUCCACCUUUAUUUUGACUCCUUCCAACACCCACAAAAAGAAGCGUGCUCUCCCUGUCGAGGAAACAUGCUUCAAGACAUCUGACGCCUGCAAGAAUGGCACCUCUAAUUGCAGCGGUAAUGGUCAGUGCACCAAGAUUCAGGAGAACUGCUACACUUGUGCCUGUAAAUCAUCCUACGUUGGAGAAGCAUGUCAGUAUGUUGAUGCUGUCGGUGAUUUCCAAUUGUUGUUUUGGACCAGUGUCCUUUUAAUUGUUAUUACUGCUAGUGUUGUUGUUUGUGUUUAUCAAAGCGGCAAUAUCGUUGAUGGUGGUAUUAUCAUGGCUCAAUCACUUCCCAAGCAAGAUUAA